AAUAAUAAUAAUAAUAACAAUCAAUAUUCUAUAAAUCAUGAUCAAUUUGAUAAUGAUAUAAUAGAAUGUGUUAAUAAUGAAUUAGAAAAUAGACGAAUUCAAACAAUUAAAGAAAAUUUAUCAUAUUUAAAAUUCAAUAAUAAUCAUAAUAAUAAUAAUAAACAAACAAAUUGGUAUCAACUGAUUGAUAUAAAUAAACUUAAAGAUUUAUUAGAUACACUUAAUAUACGUGGAGUACGUGAAAAACAAUUAGCAAAAUGUAUUCGACGUUCUAAAGAUUUUAUAGAAUUAUCUAUGCAUGUAGCUUUAAAAAGAAAUUCCGACUAUGAUGUUGUUAAAUCUUUACCUACUACAAAACUGAACUCACGGCUUAUGCAAAUUCGUACUCAUCGUCGUAGAGGAAGACGUAGUGGUAGAGGCCAUGGAACAACAAAAAUGAGUUCUGGAUAUUAUUACACUGGAAGUGGUAGUUGGAACUGUUUAUCUGGAAAAACUUCAAAUGGUUUUAUAUCAUCUUCAUCUUGGGAAGGAAAUAAUUCUAGUGAAAGUAAAGAGAUAGAACGUCUGAAUUCAUCAACUUCUAAUAUUUCUCGUUCUGAUAUUCUGUGCUCUAGUGAUGAUGGUUCUAGUGAUACUAAUAGUGGACUAACAGUCACAUCUUUAGUCGGUUCCAAACGCACUUUUGUCGACAUGUGUCGUGUUUAUCAUAACUUUCCACUUACGUCUACAGUAAAUCCAAUUGAAAUUAUCAGCUCCAAAUACAAAAUUUUCGAUAAUAAAGGGUUGAAAUGGGAGGAAAAUUCAACAGAAUAUGAAAAUUUUAUGAGUGAAUGUCAACUACUUUAUGAUGUGGAAGCUCUUGAGGACAAAGUAAUAUAUGCCAGUUUGCAAACUAAAGAAUGGAAGAUUCCAAAUAAAACAUCUGAAGAUGAAAUAAUUUCUCUCAUUCCUCGUACCGAAGUUAAGAAAUCACAGUUUGAACAUUGGCCACUGGAAUUGGCACGAAAUCGUUUAUUAGAUAUUGAACGUCAUAUAGAACGCCGUUAUCUACUCCCACCGUUUAAUUCUGAAAUUCAUUUAAAUAUUAUUCCUGAAGUUGAAACUACUGAUGUACCAUUUCUUCCAGAAGUACGUAGUAAUACAGAAUCUACAGAUACAGGGAUAGAAACUGAAGGAGAGUGCAAUGACAUAAAGUAUGAUAGAUGUGAAUUUAACACUGAAAUAGUUGAAGAUGAUAUUAACGUCUCUAGACAAAGUCAUAUACCACAAAUCCGUCAGGUAACCAAUAAACAAUCUAACUCGAACGAUCCAGUUGAUAAUAGUAAUGCGUGUGAUUUUCACCUUGAUGCUAACCAUCCAGAUGGAUCAAAUGGUCCUAUACAUGAUCAAACAAAUACCAAUGUUCCUAAGGAUCUUAUGGAUUGGCGCACCAACCUAAAUCAAGCUUCUGAUAUUAACACAAUACGUAGUUGCAUGAAUCAAUUAGUUCUAGCAAUUGCAUGGGAUAAGUCAAUAAUGAAAGUACUCUGUCAGAUAUGCAGACGUGAUAACAAUGAAGCUUGUCUAUUAUUAUGUGAUGGAUGUGAUCGUGGUUAUCAUACUUAUUGUUUUCGUCCACAAUUAUCUAAUAUACCAUCUGGAGAUUGGUUUUGUUAUGAUUGUGUGUCAAAAGCAACUUCAAAACACUUAUGUUAUAUAUGUGGUGGAUCUGAAAUUGAUGAUCUUCAACAACAAACUGAUAGUAAUUCAUCAAUUUCAGAAAUUAAACGAUUAGCAAUUUGUUAUCAUUGUUCACGAGCUGUGCAUAAUAGUUGUGCUCGACCAGCAUUUGUACGCAUACCAAAACAAUGGUAUUGUUCAAAUUGUAUAUUUUUAAAAUAUAUAAAAACAAGAGAUGAAAAUUCUAAUUUAUCUCUACAGAAAUCCCGAAGAAAACGCAAAGUAUAUGAAGAUACUGAUGUAGAUGAUAAUCAGAUGUUAAAAAGGAGUAAAAUGUGUUCCACCUUGAAAUUAGAACAUCCAAGUAUGAACUCCUAUGAUGCAUUAAGUAUAGUUGACAGUAAAUUUACAAAUCCAAAUAGAAAAUAUCAAGGUUGGUGGAGGAAAGUUCAUAAAUAUCGAAAACGUACAGAGAAUAUUGAUAGCGGAACUAUUCCAAUUACCAAAUCCAAGAUAAGAAAAUAUAAGCCUAGAUCUCAUACUGACUUAGAGAAUAAGAGACGAAAACCUAGUGCCUCCCAAGAAUUUAAUGAAUUUCCGUUGCCUAAAAAGCCUGGUAGAAAACCAACUUACCAUUUAAAUACACUGCCUACAAAACCCAAACGUCAUUAUCAUCGUCGAUCUAUAUUGCUGGUAUCUAAAAAUAUAUCUGGAUCCCGAGGUCGUCCUCGUCGUCGUUGUCGCACGUUACAUCAGGAAAUAACGAAUGGCAGUGAUGAUAAAUCUUCUACCAUUGAUUCAACAGAAUCUAUACAGCCUUUGUGUCAAACUUAUCAGCCAAUGAAAUCCAAUGAGCUUGAAUGGUGUCGACGAGCUACAGAAGAUUUACUAAAUCAUGAAGCUUCUUGGGCAUUUCGUAAACCAGUUAAUCUAAAACAAGUACCUAUCUAUCGAAAAAUAAUUAAGCACCCAAUGGAUUUAUCUACAAUAUGGAGAAAAGUACAAGAUCCUGCGUAAGCAUAUAUAUGUAUAUAGUUUUUCUUGACAUACCAUUUGAAAAGAGUUAAAUCCUAAGUCAUUGUAUUUUUAUAAUACAUUUAAGUCUAUCUAUUAACAAUAAAUUCUGUAAUCAACAAUAAGGGUACCAUUAAAUAUCACCUCAUUUAUACGUCAACGAUCCUACAUGAAAGUGAUUCGAAAAUUCUCAUUGUUGAUUCAAAGUAGAUAAUUUUUUUGCUUUUUUUUUAAAUGUUUUGUUACUAUUUAGUAAUAUUUAAUUGUGAAUGAUGACAGAACCUGAAGUUAAACAGAUCAACUAAGUCUAUAUGCAUUAAUGUUUGUUUUCUCAUCGAGUGAAUCUUUAAAUGAACAAUUAUUUGAUCCUUAAGAUUAUUGAAUUAAACUAGACAGAAAAUAUUCAAUGUGUGUUGAUUGUUUUUGAUUGAGAUCAUCAAUCGAUUGAUAUUUUGAUCAGUCUCGGUUGGGAUGUGUGAAUUAUAUCAAUAUGGCCAUUAUUACGCAAAUUUAUGUAGAAUAGAUUGAAUAUGGUUAGUAACCGCAUCCAGAACUCACGUUUCGUCUUAUUUCAACUUACCUACAUCUCAGAGUUGAUUUUCACCCCAGUACUAGAUUCGAGUUCAUCAUUUUGAAUAACGAUUACACAGGAAUUUUAUCAAGUUGAAAUUGAAAUAAAUUCUGUUUUGAAAAUUUGAACAACUGGCAAUAUUAAAUUUUAAAACUAAAUUCAUCUACUUACUUUGAACAUUCAGUAUUUUAAGACAAAACCUUUAACCAAUAACCUAUUGAUGAAAAGAUUUUUGUUAACUUCUUUAGUAUAAAAGUUUACUCCUUUCUUUAGAUUACUAUUAAUCUACUUAAAGUA